UGAAACUGUUUUUGUUUUCGCAGGUUGCCAUCAAGCGGAUGCGCAAGAUUGACAACGAUCGCUAUCUUGUUAUUCCUGGGCAUCCCAAACCUCUCGUUACUGAAGUGGCGCUGCUGCUAAUGAUGAGGAAAGGACCCAGAAGCCCUUACGUCAUAGAGCUAUAUGCCUGGUUUGAACACCCUCGAAAAUUCACUCUCAUUAUGGAGUACCCUGAACCCUGCGAGAGCUUGCUGGACUUCCUCAUUCGUAAUCCUAUACCGGAUGAGAAGACAGCACGGGGCAUCAUGCGACAGGCUGCGCUGGCUGUACAACACUGCAUCGAGCAUGGCGUCUUUCAUAAUGAUGUUCAUCCGCAGAAUUUACUGUUGAAGACGGACACGUUAGAGCUCAAGCUGAUAGACUUCGGCAGCGGUCAGCUACUUAGUAGCGAUGGCUACGAGAGCGACACGUACAUUGGAUUACUGGAUUACUGCCCACCUGAAAUCUUCACACAACCUCGAUUCCACGCCAUCCCAACAAAUGUGUGGGCUCUAGGAGUGUUGUUAUAUGAGAUGAUGAACGCAUGUGCACCUUUUCGCAAUUCAAGGGAAAUCACACAAGCGAAAGUUAGGUUUCAGAACUCCAACUUAUCCAAAGGAAAUAACAUACUUGGCUUGCUGUCCUUGGCGGAAGGCUUGACUUCGAGACUCGACCUGAAGUCCAACCCCAGCCUGACAGGGAGUUCAAGCUGCCACACCAGAGCUCAGAGCCUGUCCACAUCUGUGCGAGAACAUGAUAGACUGCAAGACUGAAAGAAGUCAUCAAGUCAUCACUGCCACAUUUGCUUUGUUUUAAAAGCAAUUUUUUUUUAAAAAAGUGUAUGUGAUCAGCUAAAGACAAAAAGCUGAUCACAUGCCUCAAUUGUUGUUAAUACAAAAAUAAAGAUUUUAUCAAAUUAGAAAAGACAUUGCAAUAAUACAUACUAUUUAAUGUAAAAUUAAAAAAUCAAAUACUUAAUAAUCAGGAUAAUAGUAGCUAUCAUAUUAUAAUACAGUAUGUUACAGUAAAAGUUAAUAUAAUUGUUAUUAAUAUUAAUAACAAUGUUAAUAAUUAUUAUCAAUAAAUUGAGCCAUUGAGCUUUUAUUUUGGCGGA